AUGCCAUCGAGCGUGGCAUACUCUGAAACGCGAGCCUUGCCGGAUCAUGGUCGCUCCCUGAACGGAUCUUAUCGACUCGGUGCCGACAGAGUCGACAUGGACGACGGGCGCCCGAAAAAUGACGAUAUAUUUCUGAACAUCGCAAGGUCUGAUUCUGGUCGGCGCGACUCUCUGGGCCGCUCAGACUUUAGACGGAGUUUACGGUCGCCGAUAUUCGAUAUCGAUAAAGAGCAACCUCCUUCACCCGAUCAGCGCUUCAGCAAUGUCGACCACCCCUUGCUGUCCCAAAAUGGCUCUCCUACCCUCCCGUACAGCUCCAACACCCAUACCUCAUCGGCCUCUGCCCACCCUCUUGAGGACCCGAACCGUUUUCGCUACUCCAGUCUGACUACCGGUGCGCGAUCAACAAUUGGCGGCCCUCGCAGCCGGCUGAGUCGCACAAGUCCCGAGACCUCUCCGCGAUCACCUCAAGUCAACGGAGAGAGACGCGCUUCUGUUCAGGAACCUCAACACCGUCUUCAUCGGCGGUCUACAUUGUCCACUGUUCGAAGCAGCCGCGAGCCCUCAGCCUCCGAGACGACUGAAAGAGUCCUGGCUGACGCUGAAAGAGCGCGAGUCGACGGGACCGAAUCCACAUUGUCGACGACCGCACCUUCCACCGUAUGGGACGAGCUGGACGACUUGAAGUCCCGGAUUCGCAAGCUGGAGCUUACUGGAAAACUACCUCCAUCAUCCCAAGCCGCUAUAUCGGGCGCAAGCCAGGAAAGACCACGGACUGCUGCCACUACGGCCACUGCAAUAUCUACCUCGCCUGAGCACUACCGCAAAGCGAGCAGUCCAUCCGCGGACGCCGAAAAUGCGGCCCAAAACCCGGUUCACCCGCUUCUACAAUCGGCAUUGGCCAAGGCCAAGACUGUCUUGAUGAGUGAAGUGUACAUGGCACUGGAAGCGACGAUCACAGAUGCUCUGAAUCUCUCGACCGUGUUGGGCGUCAGUACAGCACCAUCAGGCUCAGUGUCUGUAGUGAAUGGAGGAUAUAGCUCCUCUGAAAGGCAUGCCCGACGUAAAGCGGAUAGUGUAUGUCGCGGCCUGACAGAACUUUGUUUGGCCCUGACGGAUGAGCAAUUAAAGAGAAAUCGGCCCUCAUCUAGCCAUGGCGGAGGCGCUCAGUCUCAGCGGUCGAAUGGCGAGAACGGUUCUAUAACACCCACACAUGCCUACCAGCGAGCUUCUAGUUACGAGCCCGAAGGGGUAGAACGACCCGAACGGCGCCAAAGUAUAAGCAGCCGCCUACCUAGUCGCCUUGACGCGCGAAGAGCCUCCCUCGUCAGCCAUAGCCCAGGCACCACAGCGACAGAUAUCAAGCCGACCCCAUCAUCACCUGGAGGUCCUCCACCGAGCCGACUUCACCGUAUUUCGGCAUCUCUUCGCAGUCGUCGGCCUCCGACUGAUGAGGAAAAUGGAGAGGCAGCGACUCCUCUUAACCGUUCAUUUUCAAGGACCAUGACUGAGAUUGGCACACCGAGCCCUGCGCAGAGCGUAUCCCCCCAACAACGGUUCUCCCGAGCUCACUCGGUUUCUCGAUCAAUGUCUAUCGCGGGGCCUCCGAAUCAAGAGCAAGGACUGGGCAUCUCUCCGCGCUCAGCACACUUUCAACAACCGUCGACCCCAUCUCAGGCACCUUCAUCACUGCCUCGAACGCCUUCCACAUUGUCUCAAACUGGCAUUCCAUUUCGCCGCAGCUAUGCGACCCCAGCUGUGUAUUCCCCUGCGACUUCUCGCUCCAACAUCCAGGCUGGAUCCCGGCGGUAUGGUCUUUCGCCUGCUACCGGAGCCUCUGGACUUGAACCCUUGCAAACCCGCAUCAGCGUACCGUCUAGCAAGACGGUCACAAGCUAUACUCCUAUCCAACAACCACGCCUCCGUACCAACAGCCUGGGUGCUCGGAAAUUUGGCCUGAGACGACGUUCUGCAGUCAUGACCGAUGACAACACCAAUAUGGACGAUAGCAUCGACUAG